AUUAAAAACGUUUUUUUGUUUUGACUAAUCUGGGCGAGAAAUAUUCGAGUAAACAGUUACUAAGGGCGAGUGAAUUGGAGGCUCUGAUGUUUUUUCUAUUUCUUGAGCUCAGCUAAUCUAUGAUUUCUAGAGUAUAUGACUGGUAGCUGAUGAUUCAGUUAUUGCCAGUUUUUAAGUGCUCCUUAUGCCAUUCUUAGUGCGUUUGUGCGUGGUGUCUGUACUCGCAAUAGCAGUGGCUCAAGUCUUUUCUGGGCACUCUAAACACCUUUCGCCUAAACACCUACACAACAUACUUUCACUCGCAAAAGGAAUCCAAGUACCAAGACGAACAGUAACAGAAAGUAGAGGAACUAAAAGAAAUUUCGUCCAGCCCCAUGAACUAAGUCCAAUCCUAGAACGACUAUACGCACAGAAGGCUGAGGCGAUGAAUAGAGCAAGAUUCAUAGACGAGGAGAUUCGUCAAGUAUUGCAAAACACCGAGGCGGAAACUCGGAGUCUCACCAAGGUUCACGGAAUCAAGAGCCCUUCCUUUCUUGGAACAAGAAGAUGGGCCCCCAUAGGCACAGGUGAAUUUGGUGCUGAGGGCGGGAAAAUGGUCUUAGGACCAGCACAUGCAGGGGAUAUUGGUGGUAUGAUGGCGGGGAAGGAUAGUAUUUUUGUUCGCAGCAAUACCAAACAAACUGCUACAGCUAAUAAGAAGUCGGUGCUGGUUCAAGACCAUAGCCAUGCUACAGUUAGGAAAGCAAAGCCAGUUCCUUCACCCCAUCGCCACCAGUCUGCAGCAAAGAAAGGGAUACCGCUAGGUGAUGCGUUUAGACCCCCAAACAGACCCCCAAACAAGAUCAGUAAUAGUGAUCAAAACCUUGGUCAUCGCAAGUCGGGGCUGUUCGGCACAUAUGAGCAGAGCUUUAUUCUUUACCCGGACAGUAAUAAGGUAGUGGCUCUUCCAAACCCCGCCGCUAUGCACCCAGCUUACCCGAACUUGAUCAUGGACACACCCGCUGUUAGCCCCAGCAGCAUUGCCCAACAACCCCCAGUAGCCUCCUAUCCUGAGAAUAUCCCAAACGUUGCCAUGACGACAUCCACAGGAAGUUACCCUGCCACACUAAACGGCGGCGCGCCAGUCCCGCAGAGCACUAUGGUCUAUCAAGAUCAGCCACCUGGUGGUGCCAUUGGUUCCCCGACUGACAUGGUUGCUACUGUGGGGAGACCGCUGUCUAACCGAUGCAGUAGCAGUGAUGUUCUUUGUGAUCACGUGACACAGGAAGCGCAAAUAAACGUCAAGAUUAAUACGACAGAGGCUGCCCUUGGCAAUCAGACGGUGGAUGCUGACGACAAUGAAGACGAUCAGUUUAACGACGACGAAAAUAUUUCCGUCCUUGGUGACCCCAAAAAAUUCAACGAAAAAUGUACUGUCCUGAAGCUCACGUUUGAACACUCACAAGGAGGAGUAGUCUUUGAUGACUCAAUCGAAGGAAACGACGCAGAGCUAGAACAAGGAGCCUUUGUAUCUGAUGAGACUGCUAAAUCUGGACUAGCCAUGAAUCUAGGUCAACAAGGCUUCCUCAAAUUAGCUGACAAAUUCAAGGGCAAGCCACGCAGGAGUGUUGCAGUCUCCAUGUGGGUUAAACUAGAUGACACAAAUGGUUACAAUCCGCUUCUCCGCGCAAUCGGCGAUGAUGACAUCACUCACUACGAGCUGGCAGUAAAUAACAGCAAAGGAUUAUGGGUGCAUAGAGAUGACAAUGGGGCAGUGGUAUUUCAGGUAGAGUCCAAUGGAACAAAGGGACUUACACCAGGAUCUUGGCAUCACAUAUUGGGCUCAUUUAAUGGCAGGGAAGGUAAUGCUUCACUGUGGGUGGAUGGAAAGGCAACUGGGAGCCAAAGUGGUGUGACUGGAAGCCUAUCGCGCCACUGGAAUAUGGUAAAGAUGUUUGAGGGGAAGACCUCAGGAAUUGUUGAUAAUGUCUUCAUGUUUAGAUGUCCUAUGGACAGAACAAAGAUUGUAGCACUAUAUGUUGCUGCUGCAUCCCCAAAAGACAAAAAGGUGCUGAUACCUAGACCAAGGAAACAUCACUAGAACUUGAUGAAUAAACUGUAGUGUUAUCCAGGAAUUGUAAGUGUGUACCAUAUGCUAAAUAAAACAUGUUGCAAGUUUUGUGCAUAUUAAAAAAGAUGAUAUAAUGGUCUGUCCCCUUAGACAAAUACAGGUAGAUACAAAGUUUCUGGAGUCUCCUUAGGGACUUUCAUAGUUCACCUUUACCACCAUUGCAAAACAUCUCACUACAGAGGUACUCUACGAACUAUAAUUAAGCUUAUAAGUAUGCGAUAACUCAAAUAUUUUUUAAAUAAACCUUAAAGAAUUUCUUUGUGGUGCAUGAGAACCACCUGGAGAUGUGAUGUUGUUUGACAAUGUUA